AUGUGCCACUUUUCGGGUCUCCUCACACUGCUGCUAGGUCCAUACUGAUUCAUGGCCCCCUGCCUCUGUAUGGCCUUCAAUUUAAGCUGCUUACGCUUCGCCACUCUGCCAUGGGCCCCUGUACCGCCUCCUCUUGCUGCUGCCAGGUCCAGAGUGUGUCAUGGCUCCCUGUACGGCCUCCCAUUGCUGCUGACUUCAUCGCCAGACUCUGCCAUGUGCCACUUUCAGGUCUCCUUACACUGUUGGUGGGUUCCAUUUUGUGAUAGGGUGCUGUAUGGCCUUCCAUUUGCUGCUGCCUCCACCGCCACCUGCGCCAUGUGCCUC